UGUAUUUUUGUUGUGAAUGCAGUGUUGGACAGAUCAUAUGUAUAGUACAUACCAACUUGGUGUUGCAUUAGUACUGACAUGACUUGUUUUAUUGCAGUGUCAUUACUUUAUGGAUAUAUUUGUUAUGGAAGAAAGCUUUGGGCAUUAAUUUGUUGAUUUAUAAGUUACAUAAAUAGACAAGUAGUUACUGAAUAUAAAAAUGUGGAUGUCAGGAUGUGUGUUUCAUCAUUGUUGGGUCUUAGAGGAAAGGCACUGCUUGCAGAAUUGUGGCUUCACAUAGUAAAUUGGUUCUUAUGUUGUUUAAAAUCCUUCAUUAAAAAAAAUAUAUACUCUCUGAGAAUAUACUAUAAAAUUAAUCAAAUUAACUGUUGGAAGUUGUUGGAAGAGCGUAAGAAGGUUACUUUCAUUGAAAUGUUUCAGCCUGUAUGGUGAGAGCAAUAAGAGGCAACUGCCCAUGACAACUAUUGAAGGACUGUUAGAGACAUUGUUUUCUGUUGGGUCUGCCCCAUGGUUAUAUAAUGAGGACACCAGCCGACAGUUCAUUUAGGAAUUGCCAACAGUUCAGUUGAAUGAAGUGAGGUGAAGUAGCUGGUUGGUGAGUGAGAGAGUUCAGUUCAGUUGAAAGUCAGCCUGUGAAGAGAAGGCAAGGGGGUUGAUGUGAAGUGGCCACCAGCCUGUGACCCAAUUAACUGAGUCAUCAGUUGACAAGAGUUCUGCAUGGACAGCUGUGACAAGAGGACAUGAUCACAGGAAGAUAAUAUUUUUCACCGAUUAAACAAAUUUCAAAUGUCAUUGUCGACAUCCAUCGGUAAUUCUGAAAAUAAUCAUGCAACAUGGAUGAAGAGAUUAAAGACUUCACUGUACCGCUGUGUACCAAUCUUGUCUUGGAUGCCACUCUACAAUGCAGACAAAUUCAUCUGUGAUCUCAUAGCAGGAGUGACAGUUGGUCUUACUGUGAUACCGCAGAGCCUAGCAUAUGCAACUCUUGCAGGACUGGAACCACAGUAUGGUUUGUACUCUGCUUUUGUGGGCUGUUUUGUGUAUGUUGUGUUUGGGAGUUGUAAGGAUAUCACAAUUGGACCAACAGCUCUUAUGGCCCUCAUGACUUACCAGCAGGUCAUUGGGCGUAAUGCAGACUUUGCCAUUUUGUUGUGCUUUCUCACGGGCUGUGUACAGUUGCUAAUGGCGAUACUUCAUUUAGGUGUCUUGGUGGAUUUCAUUUCGAUUCCAGUAACUGUUGGCUUUACUUCUGCCACAUCAGUAAUAAUUGCCUGCUCCCAACUGAAAGGUUUGCUGGGACUGAGCUUCAAGUCAAAUGGUUUUCUUGACACUGUAAACAAAGUAUGGACUCAUAUUCCUAAGACAAGACCAUGGGAUGCUACCUUAGGAUUUACCUGCAUCGUUGUGCUUCUUUUACUUAGGAAAAUUAAGGACAUUAAACUUGGACCAAAGGAUGGUAAACCAAAUAAAAGACAGAAAACCAUUAUGAAGACAUUGUGGCUUAUAUCAACAGCUCGUAAUGUUUUUGUUGUUGUUGUUUGCUCGUUUAUUGCAUAUAACCUCCAUGCAGAAAAUGAAGACUCACCUUUCAUACUUACAGGCACUGUACGAUCAGGGUUGCCAUCUUUUGGUUUGCCGCCAUUUGGUACCAACCUUGGCAAUCAGACAUAUUCCUUUGCAGACAUGUGCUCUGAGCUAGGGUCCUCGAUUGUUCUGGUGCCUAUUAUUGGAGUGUUAGGAAAUGUGGCCAUUGCUAAAGCCUUCUCCAGUGGAGAUUCUGUAGAUGCUACACAAGAGCUCCUGACACUUGGCAUCUGUAAUCUGUUAGGAUCAUUUGCUUCUUCAUUCCCAGUCACUGGAUCUUUCUCACGUAGUGCCGUUAACCAUGCAAGUGGUGUCAUGACUCCAUUUGGUGGUUUCUAUACAGGUGUCCUUAUUCUUCUGGCUCUUGGCCUUCUUACGCCUUACUUUUAUUUCAUUCCAAAAGCAUCACUGGCUGCUGUGAUUAUAUGUGCUGUCGUCUUCAUGAUUGAAUAUGAAGUGGUGAAGCCCAUGUGGAAGUCAAGCCGUAAAGACUUAAUUCCAACAUUUGUUACCUUCAUCACAUGUCUGGUUAUUGCUGUUGAGUAUGGAAUCAUUAUUGGAGUUGGAAUCAACUUGGUGUUCCUCCUCUAUCCAUCUGCACGCCCUACCAUACAUGUGGAGAAGUCUACAACACAUUCAGGGGUGGAGUACUUGCUGGUGACACCAGCUAACAGCCUGUACUUCCCUGCAGUCGAUUUCAUUCGCACAAGUGUUGGAAAGGCAGCUGUGAAACAAGGCCUGAGCCACUUACCUGUAAUCAUUGACUGCCGUUUCAUUUUGGGAGCUGACUUUACUGCUGCCAAGGGUAUAGCUGCACUGAUAGAGGAUUUUAACAAAAGGAAGCAGCCAAUUUACUUCUACAAUCCACAGCCAAGCGUUAUCUCUGUCUUCAAAGGCGCCAGUCUAGAAGAGUUUGUUCAUUUCUGUAGUCAGGAAGAACUGGACUUCAUUCUUCAAUCAUUUUCCAACAACCAACAACAUACCAAAGGAACUGAACCUGAACAAAGACGUCUUCUGGUGGAAAUGAAUGACUUUUUGCCAUUUGAGUCACCGUUCAAUGGAGGAGUCCCUUGUAAAUCUGCAGAAAAUUCAUCAAACGUAUGUAAAUCAAGAAAUAAUCUAAAUGACAGUUCUACUCCGUUGUUAGAGAAGUCUGGAUCAGCGCCAGAAGUAACGAAAGUUUAGUGUGACCUGAAAUGUUAGGUUAGGCAAGGCAGUGUCACAUGGGCUUAUGAGGAUCAUUGCCAUGUGUAUUCCUACGAGCAGUACAUUUUAUAAAGGUUUUCAUGUACAUGAAUUGGAACAGUGGUCUUCAGAAUACCUGUAAGUGGAACUGCAGCUGUAAUAAUCUUGUGAUUGAAUGUCUGUGGUUGCACAAAUUUAUAUUAAAUGCUGAGUUUUAAUUUGGUUAUCUCAGAUUGAGGAAAUUAGCUUAGCAAUUUUUUUUUCGUGGAUGUUCAUGCAGACUCUAAAUGUAUGGAGAAUGAAAAGGGUGUGGCAUACUCUGUCAUUUCAAUUGUUCAACAUUUUUAUGCUUUCAUUGCAGUUUCUUGAUUAGUGAAUUUUGGGUGAUGACACAGUGUAGUGGUCAGCUGCUUUGUUAUUGUUCAUAGAGCUUGGUAGUCCCCAUUUCUGUGAAAAAAUGGCUGUCAGAGUAUGAGUCUGCCUGUUUUCCAGCACACUGAAAUUAUUUUAAUUAGUUUGCAAUUUUUUUUUUAUUAUUGCUAAUGGGGUGGGACUUUUGCCUGAAGAUGACUGGUUCUUGUGCAUGUAUGCCAUAGAAGAAAUGGAAGCCUCACUGUAUGACAACAUGUCAAGAUAUUUAAAUUAAGAGUAUUUAUUUCUGGUACACAGAUCUGUAAUAAUAUAUCACUGUAUAACAAGUAAUAGUUAAAAAUUAAUGCUUUGCUCUGAUGGAUGUUGUAAGGUCAGUUUGUAUUAAAAUAUUGCAAGAUCUAGUUUUACUCUGUUGAUCUGAUGAUGAAAGCUAAGUGACAAACCAUGGAACAGCAGUGGAAUUGAGUUUUGUACAUAAGAGAUCUGUGCCAAGACUAAAACUGUGAUGGAUGGACCAAGUGAGGGAAGGUGUGAAGGAUAAAUACAAAACAUCUAGAGAUGUUGAGACUUGAAACUAUGAGAGGAUGUAUAAUGAUGGGAACUAUGAUCUUAUGCUGACAAAAUGACAUAAGGACAAGAAGCAGUAGCAAAUGCUUCAUAAAGGUAUGUCCACACUUGUUUCCUCACAGGUACUUAUGUAAGUAAUUUUGUAUAAUCAUUGGGCAGUUAUAAAGAUGAGUUAAUAUAACAAAUUCUCCUCUGUUUACAUCUCAUUAUGCUAAAAUUGUUAUAUUUACGCCUCUUGUAUAAAUGUUUUGUGCGUGUUGCUCUGUUUUACACAUUGACAAUAUAGAAAGUUAAUGAUGGAACAGACAAGUAGAAAAACCCAUAUAUAAGUAGCACUGUUUUUAUCAGCCAUGAUCUAUUUUAAAUUUACUGUAUACUGCUUGAAGAAAGUAAGAUUUGACAGUAUUUCAUCAUUAUACAAUGAACUCCCACUGUUGUAUACUUUAUACUUUUUCUGCUUAAUACAGAAAGAUCUCUUUAACAGAAAUAAUAACUUAGAAAAUAAUUAAAAGAAAAUCACUCUUAGUUAGAUAAGGGAAACAGCAUUUCACCACAACCCCACCCCUCUCCACAAAUAAAUAUGUACUAGUUCAAAAUAUUUACUUCCAUGUCCAGUAUGAAAUAGUUCCAUUGCCUUUAGUUUUACUAAUUUUCUUUUCAAUCGUUUCAUGAUCAGCAGCAACACCUUGUAUUAACCACCUGCCUUUGUUUGAAAUGUUAUGAUGUGUGAUGCUAUGUCUGUAAUCUGGCCAGAAUGAAGGCUUCUUCCUGUGAUUUGUACAAGGAUUCUGCUGCACUAAAUAUAACAGUAGAAUAUGCAGAGUUGAGCAAGUAAACAAACCAUCAUUCCACAAGGAGGGCUUCUUUUCAGUUACUGAAGUGCAAAAAAAACUGUCCUGCAUAACAAAGAAGUCCACAAUACAGUGAAAUACUUAAAGUGAAGUAUUUGUACAUUGUGCAAAUUGGGUUCAAAUUAUGAAAUGUAUUUGAUAUUACAUUAUGAUACUUCAUCAUAAUGUGGUAGUAGAAUGGAAUUCAGUUUGUUUUGAAUGAAUACAGACUUGUAUGAUGAAUUAAUGUUUCAAUUUUAUAACUACAGUGUUUCUGAGCUGCAGAUUUCUGGCUGCCAGAAUUCAUGUUUACCAUGAC